AUUUUUUAUCUUUUUCCAAUUCUUAGAAUUAAACAAAAGUAAAGAGCAAGUUAAACUGAGAUCAAAUGGAAAUAGGUAUAAGUUUUUUGAUGGAAAUAGGCAUAAGUUUUUUGAUUGGUGUUAAAAUGCUGUCUGACGCAUUUCUUUUUAGGUCUCAUUUUUUAAAUACAUGUGAAUAAUUUUCAUAUAAGAAAAUAAUGUUAGUAUAUAUUUUUAAAUCGAAAAGUAUAUACCAAUCAGUAAUCACGUAACGAUCACUUUUACAUAUAAAAAUUUUUUCAUAUAAAUUGAAAAAUCGAGGCCUGCAUGUUUUAUAAGAAAACAAAGAUUUGAAACGAUUUUUUACAUUAAAAUCAAGUCAGAAUUUUUAUUUGUGACUUUGCACAUAAAGUAAUUAUAAAAAUGUAUUCUCUUGAAAUAUAUAUGCCUAGCACUGAGAUGGAAUUUACAUCUUUAAUUAAAGCGGGUAAAGUCUACAAUAGGGUCGUAGAGUCGCAGGAGCGGUCGUAAUCGUAGUCGCUCGGAGUUGAUUCAAUUCCAAUUCCAGAGACUACCGUCACUACGACUGACCAAUCACUAACAAAACCUCAUGGUGGACAGAAAUGCAAAAGCAAAUUUCGGUUUUGGCAAGUUUCGAUUUUUUUUUUACUUUGCGACUUUAUGAUUGCGACUGAAGUUACGACUCUACGACCUCACGGUAGAUCCCACUUAACAGCAGAAUGAAGAAAAGCAGAAGUCAUUCAAAAAUUGCGCUGAUACAGUAGCAAUUAUAAAUGUCUUUUCGAUACCUUUUCCGUUGUCUUUUUACAUAAUGUACGUAGCAUAUUUUUGAGGGAUUGGUAACGGAGGUAAUUUUUGUACAAGGGCUAGGUAAUCCAAACAAAAUUUUGGGUAAUCCAAUGUAAUUUUUGACAAAUCUAAAUAAUCUUUAGCAUUUCUAAGUACAUACUUAAAUUAAUUUUUAAUUAUAUACACAUAAAAGUUUCAAGAUAUUUGUUUCAUAAAUGUACCUUUUUAUUUAUACUUAACUUGAUUAGUCGCAAAAUUUUUAAUUUAACAUUAGGUUGUGAUAUUGUUUAACAAAGAGUCUGUAUUGCUAUUGGUGUUUUGUUUUAAUAUCUUUUAUUUUAUAAAAUACCUAUUAAUAUUUAUUAUGUGUUAACCUCACAGAGGUUUAAUAUUUAUAUUCGAUUGGAUAUUGUUUUUAGUAUUAAAAAACCUUGUAUUGAGUAAUCUUAAGUAAUCCAAGAUAAUUUAAAGGUAAUCCGUAUCAAGGCUAAUUUUUGUACACCAUAACCGCUCGUUACUAACCUCUCGCAUAUCUUAUAUGAAAGCAUGUGCAUAUGGAAAUCCACAGGGAAGGUGUUUAUGAUUGUUACUAUAUAUAGUAACACAUGUUUAGUUUUUUUUUUACUUGUAUCUAUCUGAAAACAUUCGAGGACUGGAGCGCGAGUUCUGAUUGACUUCUACUUUUCUGCUUCCUGGUUUUCUGUUAAGGAAUGAGACCACUCAGUUCCGCAGCUAAUUCAACUCCCACAGUUUUAUCAAAUACAGAAGAAAAGAUACCUCUUGGAGAUGAAGUUUUUUGCUCUAAAGCAGCUUAUAAAGAGCUGAUAAGUGUGGAAGAGAGCCAUGUUGACUGGGCAUACGCUCUGCUAAAAGGAGUUUUUGGCGAGAAAGCGCAUCUUAUGAGAAUGCGAAUCAAAAACAAAAAUACCGCAAACGAACGGUUUUCUUCCAACUUUCUCAUGGUGGCCAAAGCCAUGCACCGCGAUUGGUUAGCGCAACAAAACAUUAGAAAUGAAAAUGGGCAGUUGAGUUCAAAAUACUCAAGUACGGAAAUAGAGAGAUACGUGAAUGCGCUGCCUGCUUAUCUUGCCGAUCGGGCAUAUGAUAUGUUGGGCCCACGAGGCAUUAACGCAAAAAGAAAAAAUGGAGAAAAUGUUGAACGCAGACAAAAUAAUCUGACUAAAAAGCGUAAAUAUACAAGAAGGGGCCAGCCACUGGUUGAACUACAACAGCCAUUGCAGCAAGAGCCAAUGCAGCACCAGUCACUGCAGCACCAGUCACUGCAGCAAGAGCCACUGCAGCAAGAGCCACUGCAGCAAGAGCCACUGCAGUAUCAGACACCGUGGCAACAGAUACCUCAACAGCAUUCAUCGCAACAACAGUCACUGCAGCAAGAACCACUGCAGCACCAGUCACCGCGGCAACAAAUACCUCAACAGUAUUCAUCGCAACAACAGUCACUGCAGCAAGAACCACUGCAGCAAGAACCACUGCAGCACCAGUCACCGCGGCAACAGAUACCUCAACAUCAUCCAUCGCAACAACAGUCACUGCAGCAAGAGCCACUGCAGCAUCAGCCACCGCAGCAAUACCAACCAUUUCGUUUCGAUCUUCCGCCAACAGCAUCAGAACCAGAGACAUUGGAAAAUUUUUCGCCUUUUGCAACAUACAGCAGCCUUUAAAUAAUUUGAGACUGUUGGCGUACGUAGUAAAGAGGGCCAAAAGAAUUUAUGAAGAUAUUUAUGCAAACCAUAUUACAUAAACCAGUUCGACAGCGCUGAGCAACGAACCGCCCAGAAACAAGCCGUUUAUGCCGCCGAAAGAUACUAUGAGGAAGUAUACAUGCAAAUUGUUUUGGAGCUAAGUUAUUAUGAUUCUCGUGGCAAAAUAUUUGAUGGUUUGAAACAUGUCGACAGAUGAUUCUUGUGCUAUCGUAAGAGAUGGAAAAGUUGUGAAAAUAAAAUAUAUUGCCCUAUCAGCAUUAGGGGAAAUUUUACUUCUUAUACAAGUAGUUAAAUGUUUUGAACGUUUAUUAGUUCAUAACGAUUACGUGGCUCUAAGACAUCCUCAAAAUUAAAAGAAAUUACAAAAUGAUGUGCAUUAAACUGUCAGUCAUCGAAGAACCUUGUAUUGUAACAAAUUUACUUAGUAAUUUAUUUUGUAAUUUAUUCUAAUGUUACUCGUUUAUUUUUACCAAAAUUAGUUUAACAAGAAACAUACUUCCGUAACAAAAUACAAAUAGAUCAAGUAUUGUUUACUUAAUCGUAUCACUCGCUUGACAUUUUUCUGUUGAAACAGUACUAGAAUCAUUCUGCAGAUGUACAAAAAUUAUAUCUCUCUGAUUUUGCUCUUAUUUGGCGAACAGGUAUAAUAAUAUGUAAAUACAAAUUUUAGUUCUUAUUAAUCUUAAAAGUGAUAGUUUGAGAUUUUUGUGUAUAUUUCACAUUUAUUAUUUUAAGUAUAAUAAUUUGAAUAUGCUGUAACACAUUGACAACUUCUAAAAUAUGCAAUCUUUCCAUGUAUAUUAUAGCUACACAUUCUGUUAUGAGAAGCAUAAGAAAACAAGCAUCAUUACAAAGGGCCCAUCUAUUUUAACAAAUGUACUCUAUUUUGAUUUGAUUUGGGGUUUUGUUUUUAUCCUUUUAGGUGUAAGAAAAUCUCAUAUCGGAAUAUCUUUCAUUCCACUAAAAAUAAAUGUUGAAUAGGUAUGUCAGAUAAUAUUGCUUUAAAAAAUUUGAUGGAUAUUAUAUAUUGUCGUCUUCUCAGUGUACAAUCUUCAACAGGAAUAAGUAAAAGUCCUCGUUCAAUCGAACAGUGUUUGUUCGUGGAAAGGUUUGGAAUGGCGAUCGUGGCUAUUUUUAAAAUAGGGCUUUUGUUACCCUUAUAAUGCUACUUAUUUGUACGUGAUUUAUCUCUCCUUUCGUAAGCUCUCAUUGCAUUCUAAUAAGUAGAAUCUGUUGUUCUGCUCUCUCAAAGAGGAUAUUGAAGAUCCUCGGUUUUAGGUUCGUUUUCUCCUGCUUCUUAUAAUAAUGUAUUUCUCAUAACAGAAAGGAAAUUUUGAAUCUUUCCACUUGCAAUAAUGUUUGAAAGAGAAUAACGUCAACAAAUGUUCACGUUUUCGUAAAAAUUAUUUUUAUAAUUUAAUUUGUUUUCCUUUUUAAAAUUCAAUGUGAUUAAAUUUCAUGAUAUUUUUAACAAUGUACGUCAUCGUAAAAGAAACAUGUAUUCUUAUUUAGGAGAAUAAUAUUAUUUUGUUACAAAGAAUUUUAUACUGUAUUUGUUUUUCUCCAAUGUGCUUUAAGUAAUAAAGGACUUUUGGUCUAUAUAA